CGGCAUCCCAAACGGAAGGUGGUGGUUGUCGGUGCCCAAGCAGGUUUGAAACUGGGGGUCGGGCCGGGCCGUCGUUGUUUGUAGCCGCUGCCCCUCUUCCGGGCUAGGCCGUUCCUGCCCGCCCCGCCUCCCUUCCGAUUCCUGCGUCCCAGGCCCGGCUCCCCGCCCGACUCGUACCCCACCAGCCGCAGCCCGCCGCAGCCCCCUCCCGCUCUGCGGCCCCGCGGCCACGAUGUCCCUUCACGGCAAACGGAAGGAGAUCUACAAGUAUGAAGCGCCCUGGACCGUCUACGCAAUGAACUGGAGCGUGCGGCCAGACAAGCGCUUUCGCCUGGCGCUGGGCAGCUUCGUGGAGGAGUACAACAACAAGGUUCAGCUUGUUGGUUUAGAUGAGGAAAGUUCGGAGUUUAUUUGCCGAAACACCUUUGACCAUCCAUAUCCCACCACAAAACUCAUGUGGAUCCCUGACACAAAGGGCGUCUAUCCAGACCUACUGGCGACAAGUGGUGACUAUCUCCGAGUGUGGAGGGUUGGAGAAACAGAGACCAGGCUGGAAUGUUUGCUAAACAAUAACAAGAACUCGGAUUUCUGUGCCCCCCUGACCUCCUUUGACUGGAAUGAGGUGGAUCCUUAUCUUUUAGGUACCUCAAGCAUCGACACAACUUGCACCAUCUGGGGACUGGAGACAGGGCAGGUGUUGGGGCGAGUGAAUCUUGUGUCUGGCCAUGUGAAGACCCAGCUGAUCGCACAUGACAAAGAGGUCUAUGAUAUUGCAUUUAGCCGAGCUGGGGGUGGCAGGGAUAUGUUUGCCUCUGUGGGUGCCGAUGGCUCAGUGCGGAUGUUUGACCUCCGCCAUCUGGAACACAGCACCAUCAUUUAUGAAGACCCACAGCAUCACCCACUUCUUCGCCUCUGCUGGAACAAGCAGGACCCUAACUAUCUGGCCACCAUGGCCAUGGAUGGAAUGGAGGUGGUGAUUCUGGAUGUCCGAGUUCCCUGCACACCUGUUGCCAGGUUAAACAACCACCGAGCAUGUGUCAAUGGCAUUGCUUGGGCCCCACAUUCAUCCUGCCACAUCUGCACUGCAGCGGAUGACCAUCAGGCUCUCAUCUGGGACAUCCAGCAAAUGCCCCGGGCCAUCGAGGACCCUAUCCUGGCCUACACAGCCGAAGGAGAGAUCAACAAUGUGCAGUGGGCAUCCACUCAGCCCGACUGGAUUGCCAUAUGCUACAACAACUGCCUGGAGAUACUCCGAGUGUAGUGUUGGUGGCACCUCACCCACAAGGCAGGGGCCUCUGUGUUUCCCGUCUCUGCCCCACCCCAAGUAAGAAGAAACAUGUUUCCAGUGGCCAGUAUGUGUAUUGUUGCUUUGCACCCACUGUUUCCAAAAGCUGCUCUAGGAGUUCCCGGCCAGUCACCCCUCACUCUCUGUGCCGGACUCAGUGCUAUGUGGCUCCUCCUCAGCCCAGGGCUGAGUUUUACUGUUUUCUCUCCUUUCUUCUUCUCCUUUGCUGCCUCAAUUAAACAUUUCUGUAUAUUUGUUUGUCAUCUGUUGUGUUAAUGAGCACUGGCUCUGUUGUAUCCAUCUGCCCUAGCUGUCUCUAUCUGUUUGCUGCCCAAGGCAGCAGUCCAUGUCUUCCCCAUCCAUGUCCAUGUUAGCACUUAAGCGGGAACAAAUUCAAAGUUGUCUUUUCUCCUGGUAUCAGUGUCUUCAACAAAUCUCACUUUGUGCAUUUUUUAUCUAUCAGGCUAAUUUUUUAAUGAAAAGAAUUCCAUUCUUCCUGGUUUCUUCCUUUGUUUCAUAGUCCUCUGUUUUUGCACCUUUCUUUUUUCCCUCAGUGCCUGGAAUGGGUACUGGGUCCUUGAUCCCAUGAGCAGUUUACCUUCCUGAGUCACUGCUUGAGUGGCAUACAUCCGACCAGGAAUCUCAAACUGCCCUGGUGCUCUGAAGUCCACCGACUCCUCAAACUUUUCUCAACCUGGCCAUUUUCAAGGCCAUUGUGGGCUCCAGGACAGAUGUAGGAGGCCUCUGUUACACUCUGAAAUUCUUGUGUCAGGCCCUAUUAGGUACCUUUGGGCACUUGUUAGAACUGAGAUAGGCAGGUACCUGGAAGGACCAGGCUAAAGGGGAAUUGUUUCAGGAAAAGUGAAUUGAGAUUAUGUUUUUAAUACCUAGUUCCAGAGUCUGUUUUUCCCUCCAGACGUAAACCCUGGGCUGCUCCAUUUCAGAAAUGAAUGAGAGGCAGGAAUGAUCUCUAAGCUGAACUUGGGUAUUGGUUUCUUGAGCUUCCUGUGCCUGAUGGGAUAUUGGCCCCUCUGGAUUGAGUGCUCUGAACAAGCACCUUCCUGAGAGAUAUCGUCCAUGCAUCUGACCUUGAGCGAGAUCAUUAGAGUAGGGGAUACAGGCAGUUCAUAAGGGAUGGACUAAUCUGCUGUGAUGAUCCCAGGCCAUCAAGUAAAUAGCCAUAAAAGAAUCACAGGCUCCAGGGUCAGCUAGCUAAGAGAUCUACCCUUAUCUGUCAAACUCACCUUCACCCAGUUUACCUCUGAGCAGUAUUGGACUUGUAGUCUGAGUUGUCUUUGUUGACUUACAGGUCACAAAUGUCAGUUUCCGUUACAUGAAUGGGUUUCACAGAAGAGGCUUGUGUGUAAUUCCAACUUUGGAUGAGCCCUUAGGGUGGCCACAGUUUGUAAUGUGCUCUGAGGAGAGUUCACCUAGCUUGUCAGGCUCUACCAAGUGCCUGAAGGUUUUUUAGACUGAGUUGCUUGUCUGAGAUUAGGAGAGUAGCAGGUCUAGAGGCCAGUGGUUUUGUCCUCUUGGGAUCUCACCAAAAAAUAAAAGUUAACUUCAUUCUUCUGAGCCCUUAAACUCUUAUGGUUGUCUUUCUUUUCCACCACUGAUGGAGUAGUAUGCCAAAAGUCAUAGCUUGCUUUACCACACAGGGGCUUGUCCCAUAGGAGAGCCUUUUCUAGUUGGGGUAUUUCAGCCUUGUCCUUCUUACUUUAUCAUUCUGAUUUGGGGAUCUGUUUGGCCAUCUACUUGAGGUUGACUUUUCUGCAUUUACCACCAGCUUUGCACUGUAUCAUUUGAAGAUGUAGAGUGAGCAAUUCUUGGUUGACCCUCCUUCUCUGCUUUUAAUUGUGUUUGCUAGUGGUUAUGGGGUCUUCUCUAAAGGUAGCAAGUCCAGCUGAUGGCUAUUGCUCUAGGAGGCCCCCAGUUUCUUUCUGUGGAGAGAAUCUGCAAAGUGGUAGCAAGGGCUGGUCUUGCUGGGGAUGGCCUAUCUCUAUUGAGUUCUUUUUUUUUUUUUUUUGAGACAGGGUUUUGCUAUGUUGCCCAAGCUGGUCUCAAACUUAGCCUCCCAAGUGGCUAGGACUACAGGCACACGCCACCAUGCCCAGCUUCCACUGUGGACUUAAACCUGGUCUGAGUGGCAAGGAGAUUUAUUAACUGGAACUCAAAAAUAGUAAUUCAGAAAAUAUAAUUAGCAAUAGUUAUUAAAAUAGGUUUUGAUGACGUAGCUAUUUACCCAGGAAACCACCUACUUCUGAUGUUUUUUUCCCUCCUUGCCCUAUGGACUUCCAGACCUGUCAUUUUGCUGUAGGCCCUGAAGUGCAGUCCUACUCUUCUGUGCCCCACUUGGAACAAAAUUGAGACUUCACUCUUGCUUCUCUUAGCAAACACAUAUACACGCAGUUGCCAGGUUACUGGUAUUUUAAAGAUCCGGGUCUCUCACCCUCCCAUCAGGAACAUGGCCUUAUGGCUGAGGUGGGGAUUUCUGUAGUGUGAGGAUGUAGAAAGUCUUGAAGUUUUCGUUUCUAAAGCAGAUCUCUUUAAUUGGUUUUGGUUCUCAAAAUGACAGUCAACAAGGGGGCUCCUGAUCUGCUCUUCUUGAGAUGCUGCUAGGACUUCACUAGGGAGGCCACAGAGGCAUCUCUGAGCUCUGGUAGCUGUGAUGGCCCUUUGACUUAUCUUGGCAGGCUGAGCUUCAGGUGUCUCUGCUUCCCAGGAAGGGUGGAAUGCUGAGUCAGUUAGACCUCAGGUCUCUUAACAAUCAGAGAGCUAAGCUGGUGAGUCCAAGGCAUUCAGUGGCUUGAAUGAUGGACUCAGGAAGUUGAAGUCCUCUCCUUCCAGGGAGGAAUGAGCCUGCAAGGUUAGGACUUGAAGAGAAAUGAUAUUUGAUGACUGGUGAGAAUUCCAUAUAGAAUCAGGUUCAGCUCAGAAAAUUGGCUAAGAUUCAGGAAGAACAACAACAACAACAACAACAAAAAUUCAGAGUCCUACAAUGUGUUUACAAUAGUAGAAAUUUUAGGAGGAAAUUUUGGACAUGGGAAAAAGUGGUGUUUCUGUGGAUGAAAAGAGGCAUGUUAGAGGGCAUUUUAGAUCUGAAGUAGGGAUUCAGAGAGUGUUUUGUGGCUGUGGAAUGAGGCUGCCCUCAGCCUGAAACAACUAAGAGCUCUACCCACACUUGUUAAACUCGCCCCUGAGCAGUAUUGAACUUGAAGUCUGCCUUCCUGGACUAAUCAGUGGUGCUGGAUAGCUAUGAGACAGGAUGACGGCUCAGGUCAGAGGGGCCCCCUCCCUGCAGCAGGCAGCCAUAGGCAAUGUCUGGUGGGUGAUAAGAAUCCACAAGCAUUGCAUGUCCUGUGACCAUUCCAGACCAUGGUUCUUCUUGAUUGUAUUGCACAGAGGUGAUAAGCAGUCAUAUUUCCCUCCUCCUUUUUGUUUUCUUUUUUCUACUCCUUACCUUUCUUCUAUAGAACCUUCUCCCUGCUGCAGCCUGGACUCUAGAUUCCUAGGCUCUAAGGACAUACAAGAACUGCAGGGUUUACCAAAUGUGGGAGGGCUUCUAGAUUGCCCUUCACUUCCCCAUUUUAAGAAUGUGACAUCUCUGGUCUGUCUGCCUUGGGGUAGAGAACUGACCCAAACACAGAGAAUUGAAGUAGAGCCUUUUCCUUUUACUGUCUGCACUCCAGGAUGAGAAAAGAGGGUCAUGAUUGAUGCUUAGGUUGAGUUUUCUGGGAAGAGAACUGAGCUGAGCAAAGCAAGGUGAACCUGGGCCAGGCUUUCUGAGAGUCAUCUUCUUUGUGCUGGCUGUGCCACUGCUGAGAGUGUCUUAUGUUGCACCUUGCCCACCUCACCCACCUCACCCUAUCCUCCCACUGUUGUCAUUGCUGCUAAUGGUCAAAGUCAAAUAUGUGGCUACAUGGGAUGGGCCAGGUCCUUUUGGACUGCUUUAUCUGGUUGUCAGUUUUUAAAAAUGGAAACAUGCAGGUGCCUUCUGAAAGAGGCUUGGACUGGUAUGUCACACCAGAAACAAAUAAGCUAAAGAAAGUUUGGACUCCAGAAGGAAGAUGGUGACAGUUUGUGUGACAGCUGGAAAACAUACAAGCACCCACAUUUGGGACAAACCAGUGAAGAUGAACUUAUGGUCACAUCUACUAUUUAAAAGAAAGGUUCUCAUCUUGGGUUGAUUGUAGUAUACAGUGUGUUAUGAAAAAUGUUGAGCUGAAGCUUUGACUUGCUUUAGUCCAGUAUAAAUCACUUGCUUUGGUUCCUGUGUAUUUUAUGACCCCUCUGACAGUGAUUUUGCCUCGUUCCCCACCAAGUGUGAAUUUGUAGCAUGAUUGUAUAAGCCUCGAUGUAGAAAAUGGAGAUUUCUUGUUCCCUAAAAUGUUAUCUAACCAGUCUUUCUGUGCCCAUUAGCCUAGUAUGUCUGAACUUAUUUUCUUGUUAUAUAUCUAAAAUUUCCCUCUAUCCUGUAGGUUUUGUGGCAUCCCCUUGUCAGGUGGAGAGGAAGCUGCCCCUUACAGAACUGUACUGUAACUGUUUUUCUUUUAUGAAUAUUAUUUUCACAGGACUGAUUGUACACAGGGCUUGUAAUAAAAUUAUAACACUGUGCUGUGAAACCACACUGAGGAUCUCCACUGAAGGCCACUUCAAAGGCACUUGAAAGUGGAGUGUUUCUAUGACUUUAGUUCUUGUUUCCUAAGUAUAUUAAACCUAAUUUUCACCCUUUCAUUCUGUUUCAGCCUCCUGUAUAAGAAGUACCGUAUUUUCUGCCCAUCAUACUUUGUAAUAAAACUUGAACAUGUAUAGAUUGAA